GGAAUGCUCUAUCCGCGAGAAUCGGAGAGUCGGCAGAUCAACGAGCUGAAUGGAAUGUGGGAUUUUCGGGCGGACAUGUCUCCGUCACGGAACACGGGCUUCGACAAGCAUUGGUUUGCAGGACGGUUACGUCAAUCAGGCCCAGUCAUCCCCAUGCCCGUUCCUUCCAGCUUUAAUGACAUCACACAGGACAAGCAGUUGCGGGAUUUCGUUGGCUGGGUUUGGUAUGACAGGGAGUUUUUUGUGUCCUCUGAUUGGAUGAACAAACGCGUGGUUCUUCGAAUUGACAGCGCACAUUACAACACUAUUGUGUGGAUUAACUCUAAACAGGUCAUGUCUCAUGUUGGAGGUCACUUACCCUUUGAAGCACAGGUGAAUUCUUACGUCAAUUUCAAGGAGCCUAAUCUGAUAACAGUGGCUGUGAACAACACCCUGACCCCUACCACGCUACCACCUGGGACUAUAAAGUAUCAAAAUGACCCAAAUAGGUAUCCACCUGGCUACUUUGUGCAGAAUUUACAGUUUGAUUUCUUUAACUAUGCGGGGAUUCACCGGUCAGUCCGUGUCUAUGCCACACCUAACAACUAUGUUGACGACAUCACCAUAACAACUACAGUAUCUGGAGCCAAUGGAAUGGUCAGCUACACUGUUGUCCCAGCUGCAGCUUCCGGAGCCACAGUUGCAGUGGUGAUAGAAGACGCUAACAGUCAGCAAGUCGCCUCAGGGUCUGGUGUUUCGGGCCAGUUGACAGUGUCCAAUGCUAAACUCUGGUGGCCGUACACCAUGAGCUCCACUCCAGCCUAUCUGUACACAUUCAAGGUCACCCUUACCUCUGGCAGUGACAGAGAUAUUUACAGACUGCCUUUUGGGAUCAGGACAGUGAGCGUCACCUCAAAACAACUGCUGAUCAAUGGGAAGCCAUUCUACUGUCAUGGCGUGGCCAAGCAUGAAGAUUCUGAUAUUCGUGGAAAGGGCUUGGAUUUUGCCCUCAUUGCCAAAGACUUCAACAUGCUGAAAUGGUUAGGUGCUAACUGCUUCAGGACAUCUCAUUAUCCAUAUGCUGAGGAGAUCUUGGAUCAGGCAGAUCGUCAAGGUGUGGCCAUUAUAGAUGAGAGUCCAGGUGUAGGCAUAACACAAGAUGACAACUUCAGUAACGCGUCUCUUGCGCAUCACCUUGAGGUCAUGGAGGAACUGGUGCGACGUGACAAAAACCGUCCCGCUGUGAUCAUCUGGUCUGUGGCCAAUGAACCAGCCUCUAACAAGCCCAUCGCAGGACCGUACUUCAAGGCUGUCAUUGGCCACACAAGGAGCCUUGACCCAACCAGACCUGUUGUGUUUGUUAGUGAUAAGAGCUACAGCAGUGACUAGUGUGUACCUUAUGUUGACAUUGUCUGUGUGAACCAGUACUUUGGUUGGUACAGUGAUACAGGUCACACAGAGGUCAUCGGUCUGCAACUCAGCCAUAACUUACAUAGCUGGUACCAGAAGUUCAAAAAGCCGAUGAUUGUUACAGAGUAUGGAGCUGACACCAUUCCAGGCCUGCAUAGGGACCCAUCCUUUGUUUUUACUGAGGAGUACCAGCGGGAUUUUAUGGGGGAAUACCACAAGGUAUUUGACCAACUGAGAGGAGAUUUCUUGGUGGGAGAAAUGGUAUGGAACUUUGCUGACUUUCUCACAGAUCAGGGUAUAACCCGUGUUGUUGGCAACAAGAAGGGUGUGUUGACACGGCAACGCCAGCCAAAGGCCGCAGCAUUCCUGUUACGGGAGCGAUAUUACUACCUCAUGAACCAAACUUUGCCAGGCAGUCACUAUGGUUACCAAUAUGGUGGACCUAAGUGCCAAGCUCCAGGUGUCAUUAUAAAUUAAAAUUAGUUUUCAUAUUGGACAGAUUAGAAGUUUUCAUUGACAGUACUCUUGUCUAGCGGUAUAUUGAGUUCUGAUUAGAUUAAAUAAGCCAUAUUUUGACUUGAAAGAUGAGAGACGAAUUAAUUCAUGGCAAUAAAAAAAUGUAUUGAUAAGUAAUAGAAGAUAAUAGUUUUGCUUGUUUUGUGUAAAGUAAAUUUGAUAUUAGUAUACAUUUAGUCUUAUAUCUAUGUCUACCAGAUUCUUACCACUGCUAGUAAAUGAUAAUCUAAAAGUUGGAUAAUUUUAUUCAUGUUCAACACUAUGAAGAAUUUAUAAAUGACUGUCUUCCACUCUUACUCUGUAUUUUUAAGAA